CCUAUGCAGUUCUGAUGAGUGCAAGCCCUUGCCCGCAACCACCAUGUCCUCGGGUUCCGUCAGCUUUGUGCGCCCAUCAACCGCGCCCGCCGGCCGAGCGAACAACGUACGGCGUCUCUUCUCACGUAGCGGCCCGGGGCGUCCGCAUGGCCUCCCUCUCCCCCCUGGCCUGCACGAUGACGCCGAGGAGGAUGUCGAUGGUCGCGAUGAAGAGGACCAAGGGGGUCUGCCUGGAUACGCCGAGCGUGCGCCGACGCCCCCGCCUAGUUUCAACUCGGCCCCGCGAGAGUACACUCUGCACAUGACCCACAAGAAGCGCGUCUGGGCAUCGCUCAAGCUCGUCAGCCACGCACCAGCGUCGCGCUCGGCGGGCGACGCCCCCGCCUUCAUGGAAGGCAAUCCCAUCAAGGGAACCAUGACGCUCGACCUAGACUCUGCAGAGCCGAUUACGAAGGUGUACAUCGAGAUAUCGGGCCGCUAUCUCAAUGACCGCUACCCGUACCGGCAGGACUUUACCUUCCUGUCGUUGACGCAGAAUUUAUGGACGAGUAGUGAUGGCGAUCCGAAUCAGUCGGGCGACCAGCGCUUUCGUGGUAAGCUGAAAGGCUACUAUCGGUGGCCAUUCGCCGUCGAACUGCCGACGAGGAUGGCCGUGCCGCACGACCUUCAGUCGGGGCCAGCAACCGAGGCGAUUCGCCUGCCACCGACUUUCCUAGAGAAGGACGUGCCGGCAUCCAUCUACUACUACUUCGAGGCCGUUAUUGUCCGUGGUGGUCUCUUUCGCCACCAUCACAAGAUUAGCACCAUGUUCUUCUACCACCCGCGCGUCCAGCCGCCUCCCGCGUCCGAACUUCGACAAUUGGCCUACCGGACAAGGAGCUCCAUAUUAGGACCAGAGGAGGAUCCUUCGGGCUACCUCACCCGCAAGGUCAAGACCCGGGGAACGCUCUAUGGCAAGCGCGAUGUCUUCACGUCCAUUUCUCUCUCCCUGGCGCUCCCCCUCUCGUACACACGCGGGACCGUCAUUCCGUGCAGCCUAACAAUUUCUUGUCCGGACGCGCCGGCGCUUGACGCCCUUGCUCGUCCUGCCCACCUUUUUGUUCACCUCCAGCGCCGCCUUAGCAUGCGGGUAGCCGCUCCUGCUGGCCACCGCCGCAUCAUGCCUACCGCACCCCCAAUGCCCGCCGACCAAACCGCGCCCAUCUCGCGCGCCGUCUGGUGGCCUGCCGCGACCGCCACCGGAGGGCAGCGCGCCACAUUCCGCGGCGAAAUUUGGCUUCCAAGAAACCUCAAGCCUUCCUUCGCCAUCCCUUAUUUCAGCAUUGACUACUCGGUGGUGCUUCUGCCGCUAUCGGCGAGCUUCUAUGUGCCAGAAGAGAAAGGUGUGCUGCUGGAAGAACCUGUCGAGAUCGCGACGGUACCGCCCGUCGGCCCAAAGGCCCGGCGAUACGCACCUUCCGCGACGGCGGAUCGUCCGCCUGGAGGCAUGUGAAGGGAAUAAGAUUGGUGCAUGCAUGUUGUACUGUCAUCUCUGCCUCGGACAAAAAUCGACUACACCUCGAAUCGAGCUGGCCUCGUAUUCGCCCGCCUACCGUCGCAUGCUAUCCCGCUUAACUUAUUCUGUAUCUUAUUAUUGCUGGCAUGUCACGAGGCGUAACACACAAACACAUACAUUCUGCAGA